GCGUGGCCCCGCGGGGAGCGGAAGAGGCGCGGCCACGGCUUUCGUGUGGCGCGAUGGCGGCGGAGGCGCCGCGGUACGGGGAGCGGCGGCGGUCUGAGGCCGCUGUGCUGCGGCUGCUGGCGCUGCUGCUGCUGGCGGGUGCGGCCGGCGCCGGGCAGCUCUCCAAAUGGCGGGUGCCGGUGCCCAUGGGGAAGAAGUUUUUUAAUUUUGGGAAGAUUCUCUUCAGCAACACCACCAUUUUCCUGAGAUUUGAAGGGGAUGAGAAGGCUUGUGAUCCCUCCCAAGUUUACAACGUUACUUGGUACUUAAGAUACUCUGAUUGCUACAAUGAAGUCUUCAACUUUGGGGAAGAACAGGCAGAGUACUAUUUUGGGACUACAUCUGAAGAACAUCCGGGUUGGUCAGGAUACUAUGCCACAGCUUCUCUACUCUUUCCAAAUUGCUCUGAGCUCUUCAGGCCCCAGAUUUUCUAUAAAGAAUUUGUUCAUCCAGAGCCUCUCUCACCUGAGAAACAAGAGGGCGUAAAAGAUAAGAAGGAGAGUGCAGCAAAUCACACAAUGGUGGCAGAUAAAACUGCAAUGAAUGCAGUUAUUAAAACUUGGCGAGAUGGGCCAUAUAUAUUUAUUGUACAAAUUGGAGUUAUAUCUACAAAAGAUUCUACUACUAAAGUUAAAAGAACAGAGAAAACGACACCUUCCUCAAAUGUCAAAGAGAAGCUCUUCACAAUGACAGUAGAACUGAAGGGGCCAUAUGAGUAUCUAUCACUUGCAGACUAUCCUCUGAUGAUUUUUUUCAUGGUGAUGUGUAUUGUGUACGUAUUCUUCGGGGUUUUAUGGCUUGCGUGGUCAGCGUGUUACUGGCGGGAUCUCCUGAGGAUCCAGUUCUGGAUUGGUGCGGUUAUCUUCCUGGGCAUGCUUGAGAAAGCAGUCUUCUAUGCAGAGUUCCAGAAUAUCCGCUACACGGGGGAAUCUGUACAAGGAGCACUAAUACUGGCAGAACUGCUUUCCGCUGUGAAACGGUCACUGGCUCGAACUCUGGUCAUUAUAGUCAGCCUGGGAUAUGGAAUAGUCAAGCCUCGCCUUGGAGUUACUCUUCAUAAAGUAGUUAUGGCUGGAGCCCUUUAUCUGUUAUUUUCUGGCAUGGAAGGUGUUCUUAGAGUCACAGGGUUUUUCUAUGACACUGUGGCUCUGAUAGCAAACUUGGCCCUGUCCUUGAUUGAUGCCUGUAUUGUUUUGUGGAUAUUCAUCAGCUUGACUCAAACAAUGAAACUGCUAAAACUUCGAAGGAAUGUUGUGAAACUCUCUUUGUAUCGGCACUUCACCAACACACUCAUCCUGGCAGUAGCAGCAUCCAUUGUAUUUAUCAUCUGGACCACCAUGAAGUUCAGGCUGGUGGACUGUCAGUCGGACUGGCAGGAGCUUUGGGUGGAUGAUGCCAUCUGGCGCUUAUUGUUUUCAAUGAUCCUUUUUGUCAUCAUGAUUCUGUGGAGACCAUCUGCUAACAACCAAAGGUUUGCUUUCUCACCGCUGUCUGAAGAAGAGGAUGAUGAUGAGCAGAAAGAGCCAAUGUUGAAGGAAAGCUUUGAAGGAAUGAAAAUGAGAAGUACAAAGCAAGAACCAAAUGGGAAUGUGAAAGCAAACAAAGCUCAGGAGGAUGACCUGAAAUGGGUAGAAGAGAAUGUUCCUUCUUCGGUGACUGAUGUUGCGCUUCCAGCUCUUCUGGAUUCAGAUGAGGAAAGAAUGAUUACACACUUUGAAAGGUCCAAAAUGGAAUGAAGGAUAAGGCUUUUGUUGUUGGAAGUGGAGACGCCUCUUUUAAAGUUGCUUGGUGGAGCAAGUGCAUCCUGCUGAUUUGUUUCUUGAUCACAGCCUUGUUGGAAGUUCGAUGCUUUAUUGUCACGAGGACGUCUUGCUGUGGAAGAAGUUCACAAGGACAUUGAUAAACCAUUUGGAAAUUUUGAAAUUACAAAGUUGCUGCAAGUCUGGAUUUUUAAGCAAUUUAAAUGUGUACUAUUCCAGCACCUUCUGUAACUUUUCAAAUAUUUAAUCUGUGAAACUAAAAUUCCUAAUGUCUGCUUGAGGAGUUUAUAUGUCAGUGUUAAAGUUGACACUUGCAGGUAAAUUGCCUUUACCUUUUUUGGUGGAGGGUGGGAACAGAUGGAAAUAAGCACUGAAGAAACAAAAGAGCUAUUUGCUGGUAGGUAAGGGCUUAGGCUGUUCUAUGUUGCAUGUCCAACGUGAAUGAAAGGUUUUAGAGAGAAGCUCCUGUUAACUAAAAAAAUUACGAUGUCAGAAAAGAGAUAUUUGGAAAAGUUACAGGGAUAGGAGUUUUUAACAAAAUCAAGUGCAAUUUUAUUCAUAACACUGUGUAAGAGAUUUUCUAUUUUAAAAUGCCAUUGACCUAUAGGUAACAGUUGUGUAGAGCUAACACUUGCUGUUGUGGCACAUCUCAUUGCCGGCAAUGUGGUGGAUGCCUGGAAAAAAUAUUUGCCCCUACCUUCCAUGUGUUGCAUGGUUUAAUUAAAAAAAAAAAAAAAAAACCAUAACAAAGAAAAACCAAAUGCACUCCUGCAAUGCUCCACAAGUGCUUGACUAUUCAUGUUAAGCAGAUACUAACUAGACUUCAGCAAAACUCUUCCUCCCUGCACAUGUAACAUCUCACACCACCCAGUCAGCACUCUUUUAUGAGAAGAUGGCGUUGCUUUCCAGCGUGUGCAAGCACUGCUGCACCACUUAGCUUACUUGGAAGAGGCUUUGAUGGGACUACACAGUGCUGGGAUACUUUACUUUCUCAUGUCCAUUUAGAAUUGCCUCUAUUGGAAAUGUUUUGAUGAUGGGCCUUCCUGUCCCAGUUGGUCCCUUUGGCCAAGAGGUACUCUGAUAAGAUCAUUGUAUUUAAGUUAAUGCUGUAGAGUUUUGUUCUAUACAAUUGCUUUUUUCUCCUUUUCAAAUGAAAAAGAGCUUUUGGACA